AUGUCGACAGCUCCCGACCCCAAGAUUCAGGAUUUGCUCAACAAGCCUAAGAACGACCUCACGGAAUAUGAGGUCGCUCUUGUUGAGGAGCACGAGCUCACCGCCGGUCCACUGUCGCUGCUGCAGACCGCCACCCGCACGCACACACAGGUCCUGAUCUCCUGCCGCAACAACCGGAAGCUGCUGGCCCGUGUCAAGGCUUUUGACCGACACUGCAACAUGGUUUUGGAGAACGUGAAGGAGAUGUGGACCGAAAAGCCCAAUGGUAGCAAGGGCAAGGGUGUGAACAAGGAUCGCUUCAUUAGCAAGAUGUUCCUCCGUGGUGACUCUGUCAUCCUCGUUUUGCUCAGCUGA